AUGGCAGCGAGCGAAUGGAAGCGACAGCAUCAUCAUCAUCAGCAACACCAGCAGCAUCUGGAGCCCCACUCUUCCGUCACAUUGCCGAGGGCACCGGUCAAAAAUUCUUCAUCCGGAAAAAGUGGCAAACGGGUGCGAACCAUUUUCACACCCGAACAACUGGAACAGUUGGAAGCGGAAUUCAGUCGUCAGCAAUAUAUGGUCGGAACGGAAAGGUUAAUUUCUUCUUAUUAUUCUGAUUCUUCUUAUUCUUCUUCUUAUUCUUCUUCUUAUUCUUAUUAUUCUUAUUCUUCUUAUUCUUAUUCUUAUUCUUAUUCUCAUUAUUCUUAUUCUCAUUAUUCUUAUUAUUCUUCUUAUUCUCAUUCUUAUUCUUCUUAUUUUUCUUAUUCUUCUUAUUCUUCUUAUUCUUCUUAUUCUCCUUAUUCUUCUUAUUCUCCUUAUUCUCAUUCUUCUUAUUCUUCUUAUUCUUCUUAUUCUCAUUCUCCUUAUUCUCCUUAUUCUCCUUAUUCUCAUUCUUCUUAUUCUUCUUAUUCUUCUUAUUCUUCUUAUUCUCCUUAUUCUUCUCAUUCUCCUUAUUCUCAUUCUCCUUAUUCUCAUUCUCCUUAUUCUCAUUCUCCUUAUUCUCAUUCUCCUUAUUCUCAUUCUCCUUAUUCUCAUUCUCCUUAUUCUCAUUCUCCUUAUUCUCAUUCUCCUUAUUCUCAUUCUCUUAUUCUCAUUCUCCUUAUUCUCAUUCUCCUUAUUCUCAUUCUCCUUAUUCUCAUUCUCCUUAUUCUCAUUCUCCUUAUUCUCAUUCUCCUUAUUCUCAUUCUCUUAUUCUCAUUCUCCUUAUUCUCAUUCUCCUUAUUCUCAUUCUCCUUAUUCUCAUUCUCCUUAUUCUCAUUCUCCUUAUUCUCAUUCUCCUUAUUCUCAUUCUCCUUAUUCUCAUUCUCCUUAUUCUCAUUCUCCUUCUUAUUCUUCUUAUUCUUCUUAUUCUUAUUCUUCUUAUUCUUCUUAUUCUUCUUAUUCUUCUUAUUCUUCUUAUUCUUCUUAUUAUUUAUUUUGGUUCUCUAUUUCUUUCUUUCAUUCUUUCAUUCUGUCUCUCUAUCUUCUAUUUCUCCAUAUUUCACCUUCCUUCUUUCUCUCUCUCUCUCUCUUUUACUUUUCCCUCCUUUCCUUUCUCCCUUUCUCUCAUUCUUUGCCUCUCUAUCUUCGCUUUCUCCCUCUUUCUUUAUCUUUCUCUUAUUCUUUCCCUCUCUCUAUCUCCCUCUUUCUUUCUUUUUCUCUCUUUAUGCAACUUUCUCUCUCUUUCAUCCCCUUUUUCUCUUUCUCUCUCUCCAACCCCACUCAUUUGAGACGGACAUAAUUUCAAUCAGUACUAAUUUAUAG